CAAGAUGGCUGACAAGUCCGACAACCAGUACACCUUCACCCCCAUUCAUCCCUUCAAGAUGGACGAGCCCAAGACCUGUGACAAGAUUGUGUUCUCGAAGCGCUCGCUCCUCGAGUUCCUCAAAUCUUGCCAGCUGACCGUCAACACGAACUUCACCGAGAUCCAGAAGCUGGCGAACUCACGCCCAGAGUACGCGUCGUUCGGGCACAUGUCGCAGGCAGCGACGGACGAGGCUGUCAAGGACCUGAUUGAGGCCGAGAUUAACGACCACGAGGACCCUAAGCCCUCGUCGUCCUCGCAAGCCGCCACGACCCGGCCAUCGCGCAAGGUCGUUGACCCUCCCGGGGGCAAGCAGAGCUUCAAGCUCUACGGCGAGGAGUACGAGGAGGCGGACGCGCUCUCCCUCGCGCCGCCUAAGGAUGGCGGCCCCGGCGUCGACAUUGACAUUGACCGGAUGGAGCAUCUCAAGCUCCACGUCGAGCCCGAGGCUGACGGCGGCGCGCACAUCGAGGACCUGCCCGAUGAGAACAAGAUCGAGCUGGGUCCCGGCGAGAAGGUCGAGUCGGCGACUGCUGAGGCGCGUAACACGGAGCGCGAGAGCAACCCCCCACCCAACUUCCGGCCCACGCGCAAGGUCCGCGAGGGUCCCGGCGGCAAGUCGCAGAUGGGUGCUGCCAUGUUUGGCGGUGUCGAGGACGAGGAGGAUGUCGAGGCGCCGCGCAAGCGCAGCGACAAGAACGCGUCCAGCGGUCUGUGGUGAACGUGAUUAGCGAG